UUGAACAGCGACUUGUUUCUGGGGCAAUGGAGAAUGCAUUAUUGAUUCGAGUGAGCGUGUUUACCGACCAAGGAGGUAGGAAAUACAUGGAAGAUGUGACCGAGGUCAUAGUUGAGCCCGAGCCGGGAGAAGAUGAGCCGACGACGGGAGAACCAGAAGAGAGCAGCGGGGGCGAGCUUACACUCAACUCUGACCAGGCUGGUGAAAGCACAAGGUCUCUGCAGGUUGGAGACGAGCCAUGUGAACCUGCACUAACGGAGGAGCACUUCUCAUCAGAAGAAACGGCUUUACCGGGAGGUCAGAGCCCACCGCGAGCUCCGCCGAGCGCCGCGAGCCAUUCCCGCCGUUCCGUGGCUUUCUUCGCCGUGUUUGACGGUCACGGGGGUCGCGAGGCUGCGCAGUUUGCACGAGAGUUUUUGUGGGAGUUCGUGAAGAAGCAGCGGGGGUUCUGGUCGGACUGUGACCGGGAGGUGUCCUCGGCUAUACGGAAAGGUUUUGUCGCCUGCCACCACGCUAUGUGGAAAAAGCUACCUGAAUGGCCAAAGACACUCACAGGUCUGCCGAGCACGUCGGGCACCACAGCCAGUGUGGUGGUCAUCCGAGGAAACCGGAUGUAUGUGGCCCACGUUGGGGACUCAGCAGUGGUUCUAGGGGUCCAGGAUGACCCUACAAUCCCCUACAUCAGAGCUGUGGAAGUAACUCAAGACCACAAACCUGAACUACCUAGAGAAAGGGAGCGUAUUGAAGGUCUGGGAGGGAGUGUGAUCAAGAAGUCUGGAGUGAACCGGGUGGUCUGGAAAAGGCCGAGACUGAGCCACAACGGACCGGUCCGCAGGAGCACCGUCAUCGACCAGAUACCCUUCUUGGCCGUGGCUCGAGCUCUAGGUGAUCUGUGGAGCUAUGACUUCUACAGCGGGGAGUUUGUGGUGUCUCCAGAGCCGGACACCAGCGUGGUGACCCUCGACCCCAGAAAACACCGCUACAUCAUCCUGGGCAGUGAUGGUCUGUGGAACAUGGUGCCACCUCAAGAGGCCAUCUCCAUGUGUCAGAACAACGACGAGGCAAUGGCACCGUGCGGGGUGUCGAGCGCCCGGCAGCUGGUCAGCCACGCUCUGCUGCGGUGGCGCCAGCGGAUGUUGCGUGCCGAUAACACCAGCGCCAUCGUGAUCGCCAUCCAGGAGCCCGGGUCCCCCCAGGACACCCUGCACCACGAGGAGGUGCUGCUCGACCUUGCCAAAGUGUCCCAGAGUCCUCCCACCUCCCAAUCCCGCGCCGACACUCCUCUUCUACAGCGCACUCAAGAGGAAGACUCCUGCUCGGCUGUUUGCGACUUCCUCCCCGCCCUCGAGCGACGGGACGGCCUAUCAGGCGGCAACAGCCUGUACCACAUGGAUCUGUCUGACCCGUUCGCUCUGUUUCCGCUGUGUUUGAACGGCAGCACUGAGCCAGACAGUCUGUCCAGUCCAACUGACAAGACAGUCAGCAGCAGGACACCCAACGGCAAAAGAACUAUUGACGCAUCACCAUCACCCUCAUCAACGCCGGCGUCGGGCCAGUCGGCUAAGAAAGCGCGGUGCAGGACUGCAGACAGGCCGCCGCUGGUCCAACACAACGCAGAGAAGAAACAGAAGGAGUCGAGCAACGUCUCUCCCAUUCUACAACAGCAUAACAAGACCACAGUGUGUGUGUGCUGAAACACACACACACACACACACACACACACACACACACACACACACACACACACACACACACAUAAAUGAACACAUCAACAUGUUGCCUCCCAUUGUCAUCUAUGUCUUCAAUGGUUUCUUUUCUGUGGGUGUUUGGUCUUAAUGUUACUUUGCAAUACUCAUGCACAUUCUCACAGCCCACAACCUGCCUCACACUCUUUUUUUUAUUUUUUGUGGGUUUCAAAAUUCCAUCCUGAAACACCACUUUAACCUUCAUCUUACUUCACCUCUUUCUCAUAACAAAUGUUUAAAAAAAAAAAAAGAGGCAAAUAAUGACUAAUGACGCUGAUGUAAAUAUCCUGCAUUUUAUAGUGGAGCAUUGAGAAGUAAGUGAAGCUGUUCAUUUAAAACAAAUCUAUAUUUUUAUACAGUCUUUUAUUGUACGAUGAUAAAACAUGACAUUUCCUCGUUUAGAUGAGCUCCGUCGCAGCUUUCAUCUCUGAACCCUCCUCUCUCUCUCUCUGUCCACAUUAGCUUUGCAUGUAAACUUUUACCCUUUCAUCUUAUUUAAUCACUGGAGAGAAAUCUUGAAUAUAAACUGAUGGUGCUGCUACACUCACUCACAAACCAGUAAGCUACUACAUUGUGUAUAUUGAUAUAUAAAUAUAUGUAAUAGGAAUGUCAGUGGUUAAUCAAUUAUUGAUUAAUUGCUGUUGAUAAUUUGACAGAUUCAAAAAUCUAUAUUAACGGAUAACGCAGAAAUCGAGGGCCGUUCGGUGUA